AUGUCAGCCGCUGCGAAAUUUUAUGAAAGUCCAACUUUCCAAUAUUACGAGGUUUUCAAAGAUGAUAUCAUUGCACAAUUUACGGCUGUGGCUCCCUCACCUCAUAAGGACUUCUAUUAUCUUAUUUUAACAAAAACCAAGGUAUGUAUUUCCUCGUAGAUGUCCGUUCAUAUGUGUGGACUCAGCGAAUCUGAUCAGAAAUUAAGAGUGUAAUAUUGCAAAAGUUCUUACUUUUGAACUUUUUCGUGUUCAUUUUUUGAUUCUUCCGACUACAGGACAGAUAAAAUAUGAGUCCCUAUGCUUCCUUCUAUCUGCUAAUAGGCCUAGUAGCAGGAGUAUACCGCCUCGAUAUCGGGUAGAUAGCAGAGUUUCGACGUGCAUAUAUCUAUUGGACGGCGUUUUUUUCUGGCGGGUGUAUAUCGACUAGGUAUCGGAUGUUCAAUAUGCUCGAGAAACGGCGGUAUCAGUACGCAUAGCAAUUUACGCGACUCCUUUUCCCGUGGAAAUGCUACCGUUUUAUAUUAAAUCGACCUACAUUGUUUCUGUCGUCCCUUCCCGUCUUCCCAAGCCGUCUACCAUAGUCUCGAUUUGGACGACAAACGUGUUAAAUAGGGUAAAGUAUCCACAACACUUUGAAGUCGCAUGAAUCGAUAGAUGUAUGUUUAAAAAAUAAACAUAAGCUAUGCACAUUAAUAUUCAUAAUGUCAUUGGUCUAUAUCAGGGCAGUCCAGUGUGGAAUUUGAUGUGUUCCUUGUUGAAGAUCCCGCUAUUGGGUUUACAUUGAAGAUUAGUCUAUAAUUGAUAAUUGACGAAUACUUACCGCUCGCUUAAGUCGUGUUGUUAGUCUUUUGCAUUUUCUUUGAUAGAGUGUCCAGUGACCUUUUAAGUCGUUUUGUAAUGGAUGACUCCAAAUCGGCAAGGGUCACCUUACCGUAUCCAUCCCAAAUGCCGAAGACCUCUGUGGAUAGAGCAGUGAUCAAUAAUUACUGAGAACGCACCCUUGAUCUCGUACGUUGCUGAAUCCAAUAGGUUCUCAUUCAUUUUUAGUCCUUUGAAGUUAGUGUUAAGACCGAAGUAGUCUACAAAUAGUGCAUACUGAACUCUUUUCGUGAAGUCAUCGAGGGAACAGACACCUAGGCAGGUCAGAUAGGAGACCUAACAAACGUAUUAAUGAAUUUGGCCCGCCUUUUCCAAUCGACUGUGAAUUUUUUUGUCCGCAGGUCUGGUGUUUAAUACUCUGAAAUCCGCAGCCCUUCUCCAAGGGCAGCCUAUGGGAUUUAAGGGAAGCCGAUUAGCCACCGUGGCAUUGGUAGUCGGCCGUCGAGUAACAGCGGGCUCCAGAUCCAGUUGACCGCCCAACAGACGUCGGUUACCUUCCAGGGCAAGAUCCUGCGUCCGCGAGAUCUGUGUUAAAUGUUGGAAUACUAGCUUGACUGUCUGCCCUAGGUCGGCCUUGCGGUCACUAAACGAUGGCUCACGCCGGUCUACGGAUAAGUUAUACUUUGCAUUGGGUCUUACCUUCGAUGACGGUUUCUUGUGCGAGCGGAAGAGUGUCGAAAGAAUUGUUUGCAUCAUCACUGAGCUCAAGCGGUUCCUAAAUUUUAGUGGGUAAUAUGUUUUUCCUUGCUGGCGAUUAUAGGCCUUCACCACUUGAAUAAUCGAGGUUCCUGGUGAUAGCUGGGCGUCGAGUGCGCUGUGAGAUUUUUCUCUCGGGUAGUCCACCCUGUUUGUCUUCACAAACUCACAGGAAAAAUAGCGUUAGACGUUGCGUAAAGUAAUUGGCCGUGUUAUAGCAAUAACCACUUCUUACCUGCUAUGCUCUUAAACCCCUAACUAAGGGGACCGUGCGUUUGUAGAGUUUACGAGCACUGUUCACGAAGGCGAAGGGACAGUAAGUAGUCUUCUAUGACGUGUUAAUUAUUUCAAUUAACAUAAAAUUUCUUUCCUGUUCAACGCAUACGUACCUCAUAAAAGUUGUUAGCAAAGGAGCACAUUGUAGAGUUUUGUCAAUGUUCGCCUUCUAUACCUUUGAAAGUGAUGACUGCUUGGGUUGUCAAAGUAAUCGGUCAGGUUAGUAAAUUCGCAGAAACCUAUCCUCAGACAACCCAUUUCAUCCGACAGUAUGUUUUGCACACAUAGUACCUUUUAGUCUACACCAAUGUAUCUAUUCGCGGGCGAGAUGUCAAUGCAAAAACGUCCAGUGAUAACGUACUCAUUUUGAGUGUAACCUUCUUAACCAGCUGGCAGUGGUUCUAGAGUAUGCCCACAUAGGAGUCUUGGUGAAUAAGGCCCGACUGGGCGCUUGUAGCUACCUCAGCCUCGCUAGAGCGUCUAGCUAUCUGCUAAAGAGGUCGCGAGGGGCUCCUCAGCAAGUUCUUUGCUCUGCCGAGAUAACUUUCAAAAGGGAAUGUUGAAAAGGAAUCAAGAGCGUUAUGUAGCUCCACUUCGUCCGCAAUGUGUGUAAGACUGUGCACAUUGUAUACUGUAUGCUCCUAUCCGUAUAAAGCAGUAAAUGUUCUGGUAAAAAGUUUGAACAGCUGCUUAAAGUAACCAAUAUUAACUUUGCAGUUGCACGGAGAGGCAAGUAAUCACAAAACUGUAGGCCAACCCUGUGCUCGUCGUCGACAGAUUGCAGGAAGUCUGCGUCCCCCUUUCUCUCUCCCCUUCCUUUAAGUAGACUGCUUUUCCCAUGAUUAAUCCUACCACGGUGCAACGUUCGCAUCCGUGAAUGACAUUCACAUUCUUCAUUUGUUUUACAAAGGCCCUAGCAGGGGCGUCAGAGGUUACUGCUCUGACCACAGAGCGUGCUACUUUCCUGUCGUCCUUGAUGCUCAGUCUCGCUUCCUGUGGGCGCCGUAUCAUUUCAACGAGUGAAUUACAGAAAGCUUGGACGUCAGGCGGUUUACCGUUACCGAAAUAUGUGUCUAGAGGAAAGACGUUACUGACAAACGGCCGCACUAUUCUUCCCAAUAUAGGUCAUAUUUUGGUUUUAGACUUUCUAUAAACCGGGAGACCGUAGAUUGCCAGGUAGACCGCCACCUCCGGUAUGGGGACGGUCAUCUGACUGAGCUGUCCGCGAAGUUGUCUUUCCAAACCUACAUGGGCGUAUUCCCCGCUACCCAUCGGGGCUACUUCCAAAUUGUGUGACGCCCCCAGCAAAGUUUUUUGGAUCUUCUGGCAGUUGCAGCACGGCCGACCUAAAUACAUCUAACAGUUCUUCCAGAUAAAAGUGUGCUAUGUUGUUUCGCAAGGUCCAGUCGCGCACUUUACCGACGUUUGCAUUACCUCCUUAAUCGAUGACUGUACUGUUGGUUUCUGUGUUUUCCUGGGAUCCUAUGUAAAUACGUACUAUAGUGCUAUAGCAUUAAUAAACUAAACGCGUAUUAUACGGCGCAUUAUAAACGUGCAUCCCAGCAGCUUUUCCUCAUAGAUACACUUUGCGAUCUUUUUAAAAAAGCGUAUAAAUUGACGAAGACAAUGGAAUUGUCUGCAAACACGCGAGCAUUUAGGAUCUUAAAUAAGAAUGGGUCCAUCUCGUUUCUGGCAUACUUGUGCAGGUAAAUUUAAGCAAUCUUGAUUUUUGACACUGGACAUAAUGCUGCAUUUUAGAAAGAUCGCCACCGUUCGAUAGUUGAUGAUUUUUUGGUGUUUUAAAGUUUUACGCAAAAGGACUAUCUAAUUCAACUGAAGCAAUAUUUUCAGCCAAUAUCUAGCAAACUGGAAUUUUCACGCGAUUUCCAUUUUUAUUAUGAUAAAGUAACGGGAAUUUUACUAACAAGAAAUUUAAAGGAGACGCACUACGUUUCGGGUUCGCUUUUUUCGUAUCCGAGCGGUGAUUUUCCUUCCAUUCUUUUGCAUAUAUCGCCCUUGCCAAUUCCGUUUACUUGCGGAAUAUUCUCUGACAACCAUACGUCUUUCGCUGGUUUGAUUUGCAAUUUUCAAGUUAUCAUGUAAUCAGCAAAUCUCUCCGACUUCAUUAGUCAAUUCGGUGGCCUGUAUAUACUUGCUGUCCCCCUUCGAUCGGUUCUGUCUAGAUGCUUUAUUAACAAGGAUAUCAGGCCAAAUAAAUAGGUGUAAUUUACCAACCAAUAAUGAUCGAAAAUCAGUCAAAUAUUAUGUUUAAAUUAACGUUGCGCUUAUUUUAGAAACACGAAGACGAGUAAACGUAAUUCGGAAAGUAUUAAAUGCAUGUGAAUGCAAACUAGUGAAACAGUGGGACGCAUAGGCAUAACAACGUGGGACGGCCUAGGCAUAGCAACGCGUAUGUCCGUUACGCAUAUGCAAAAGACUAUAGUCCCCGUGUUAUACAUCUUUUAGGAAUCAGUACAGUGUGCAGUAAGACGGGCGGCAGACUGCUUAUCUAAAAUACUGUUAAGCCUGAAAUGCCAAUUCUUCUGCCGACCACUUGUGAACCUUCUAGACCCCAAAUCCUACCGUGAGGCAUACAUUUUUUCUCCCCGGGGAUUGGCGUACAAGAUUGGUUUGCGUAUCUGGUAACUCAUCAGAGCACAUUUUAAUCACAUGAAAACGGUAAUCAAGAUGUCUGGUGGUUACACUAGUCAAAAACGAAAAAUCUUAAUUUCACACUUGGCUUCAUAUUUGAGUCUGAAACCACAUGUUUUCCGACGUUUGGACUCAAUAUGAGAAUCGAUUUGUCGAAAUUGACGACUUGCAAACUUUUCUAAUGUAGAGUGUUCUUUGUUUUAGGUUAUUUGGAGAUGGUGGCGCAUUACGCCACGAAAUGAGGCCGCCAAAUUUAGCCCCGGCGAAGCCUCAGACACUUAUACUGAUUUUCUACAAGAUGAUAAAAUGCAAAGUUGGUGCCUUUGCUAAUUUUUUCAAGCUCCCUCCUAAAAGAGGAAAUAAAACGAAUUCUGGGUCCGAAAACGCUUGAAUUCUGCUUAAAUGUUGCGUCUGGACAGUUGGAUUUCCUCCCACGUAUGCCACCAGUCAUUCUAAAACGAAUUGCAAAAAUGAUCAAGUUGGAAGAUUUGGUGAAUCUUGAAUGCACUUGCAAGCGUAUUGCAGAGGUAAGAGCUUAGGACGCCCAAACAACCGUGAUUGUUCUCUGCUAGGUAUGUAACGAUGAAGGGAUUUGGAAACGGAUGUAUCUUUUGCACCAUUCAGGUCAAAUAAACGACGUCGUGCAAGAGCUGGCACGCAUCUUUGGAUGGAAACGAGUUUUCUUUACCAGCAAACUCAAGCUUCAAGUGAGUCUAUGUCCUAUCUUUCGAACAGUGUAUUUAGGCUUAAUUUAGAUCUUUAACCUGACAAACUGCCUUAUUUCCUUAAAGAAGUUCCGGACAAAGUCUCUGGCAGCCCACAUGUUCUAGUUGGGCUGAAUGAAAUAUUUGAAUUUCUACGCUUUCGCAUUCGUUUGUAGUUUUCCCCUCACAAAUCGCGAUGAACACUUGUGUGAGGGUUUCUGGCUCUGAAAAGCACCUCAAAGGUCUCAUUAACCCAAAGAACUGCCAUAAGUGCGCUGUCUUAUAUCUUAGUCCACGUGGAUGUAGUAUGCACAGGCCAGAGACAUCUCCAUCGUCGACGUUUGUGGAAAAACAAGAACUAAGACAGCAGUAUUGACUUAUGACUGGCAUGUAUGCUUAGUAGUUCAUAGAUGUUUUGGCAGAUUAUUGAAUAAUUUAUAUUGACCCAAUUGUGAAAAACUCGGCGCCUCGGUGGGAUUCGAACCCACGACAGUAAGGUUAAUGCUUUAAUACAACCAACGCUCUAACCACCUGAGCUACGAGCCCCGUGGAAUGACGCGAGGUUAAUCACAUUUCACAGUUGGGUAAAUAUGAAUUAUUCAAAAAUCUGCCAAAACAUCUAUGAGUUCCGUGAGCCUAGUAAUCAUCUGGUGGACUCUAGUUGAAUUACUUGGGAAAUCCUGUUUGAGCAGUCAACUUACUGUAUCAGAUUUGGUGGAUUCCAGACGUUGCGGUAGGUUGGGUGGGUAAACUUGACCCAAAUGCGAUUAAACUCGCGUCGUCCGGCGGGGCCUCGUAGCUCAAGUGGUUAGAGCGUUGGCUGUACUAAAGUCUUCACCUUAUUGUCCUGGGUUCAAAUCCCACCGAGACGCCGAAUUUUUCACAGUUGGGUCAAUAUGAAUGACAUGCAUGUGACUUAAUAGGAUUUCGAUGCACCAUGCCCACUUCCUCCUUCCAACUGCUUGGUUUUAUUGGGGAAACAAAGUCAAGACAGCCGAAGAUAGAAGUUCGGUACGGUGGCAUGGUGAGGUCCGCCCAAAAUUGGUGCUGACAUUUUGUCCGUCACCAGCUGUGGAGGUCACCAUCGCCGUCACUCACUCCCGGCCUUCUUAACAUCGUCUUGCCAUCGGGACAUGGCAGAUGAGGCAGGACAGAGUGCAUUGGGUGCUGUGCAAGUCUGUUUAGUCACGCACACGUCACCGGAGCUGGGCUUACUCCGUGUUGUAAGCGGUGGCCGACGUUGUUUGCGACCGUCGUGCCACUAUCGUCGCAAACGUGUAGUAUCGACCUACGCCUGAAUCCAAGCGCGAAAGCCUUAUGCAACUUAAAUGUCACUUUUUUUCACACAUAUAUUCUCUAUAAACAAUAAAAUAGAGUCGAGAUUACACCUGCCUUAACUUGCUGAAGGAACCUAACCCUCGAGUGUCCACACUUCUGUACUUUCAUAUUUGAGUGUGCUCUAGUUUCACUGAAACAAUUUUCUAAUAUGCAAAAUUCCCACUUUAUGAGUUCAUUUAUUUUGGUUUUUGUGGCCAGUGCGGUUUUAAAAGUCUUGGAACUGUAAAUAUCCUAGGCUAUUUACAACAGGUCUGCAUCUUAUUUGUGAAAGGCUUUAUCCCUGUCCCACAACGGAACCAGGUGGUACUGCUCAAAUAAAAUUCUGUUGCCUUCUUCCCUGACAUAUGAUCCGUGAUAAAUGAUGAAUUGAACAGUCGAAUAGCACGUCCUCCUGUUCCUAUCCGUCAAAGGCAUUGCGAAAGUUACAAAAGUAGUUUACUUAAUGGUACGGCAAAUUCCAACGAAACCAAAUGCCCUUCUCCAAAUCUGUUGAAUAUAAAAGUACUCCAAUAUCGUAAGAAAAACUAGCAGAAGUGGUCGAAUACAUGUGGGCUUUUUGUGUUAUAAGCCUUUACUUGGCGAUCUCUUUGUAAUGCAUCUGUGUUCAGCGUAACUUUUCGUUCCGUCGACAUUGAUGAUCAACUCUAGUUUAACUUCAUCGGAUUCUUACCAACUGCGGUACAAGACGGUUGAUUCAAACACGGGUGGUUUUCUUACUAUUCCUUGUGUUAACUCACAGGUAGCAAUCCAUUCAACGCGCCUGUGGCCUUUCCAAGUCACUUCGCCGUUGUCAAAGUUCUUUACGCGUUAUUACCUACUUUCAGAUGCAAAUUCGUCGACUGCGCCUCGAAAAGGCUCGUGGUGAUGACGAAACCAACAGCUGUCUCUCGACUUCGUUGUCAACUUCUAUAGAAGAUGAUCUGUCAGGUGAGAUGUUCAUUCCAGGUGGUAAAUUUACUAGGAAAAAGGUAGUUUCAAGAUGCGCCAAGCUGCAGGCCGUGGGACACGUGGGGCUGUUUCUUGGGCCUAUUCAACAACAGACCAAACCGCUUUUCAGUGAUGAUAUUUAUUGUUGACCUAAAGAAGACUUCGAUGCCGGCAAAGGCAACUCGACGAGUGUGACAUACUAUUUAUAAGUCAGUAAUUCUGGACAGAGCUAACUUGUUGUACACGUCAAACGGGGUGUGCGCACCAUCCUUUGAGAGUCUGUUGAUACAUUUAACGGGUUAUUGAGUAAGAAGAGUCGGUGCGUAAGCAACUUUCUGACCUGAAUAUCCGGCGACCAUCUGAUCUUUACUUGGUAAUCCUGUCCGCCGUGGCAUUGGACUAAAAUCGACAUCAAAAAUCCUAUUCUUGUGACAUAUAAAACCGGCCGCUGUAAUCCUCCCUGACAUUCUGUAUAACUCUCAAUGCAGUGAACAAUUUGUAGUCAUCUCUCUGUCCUCAAACAAACUCUUCUGGGCAUGAAUGCUCAUCACUGUCGAGAGCCACUGCGCCUAUUGGGUGAGGGAUUGUUGAAAUUGAAUCCUAUUUUGGCAACACACGCGAGUUCAUCUUAUGUAGGUCUGAUUUGUACUCAAACCUAGCCGUCCUUGAUAAUAAGCGAUAUGUCAGCAGCUAAGCUUGAGGAAGUUCGGGGAACGAAGUUCCUUAUCGGACGUAUGGGAAUUUUGUGGUGGAGACAGGCUAAAUGGUACAAAACAGCUGGUCGUGUCUAAGGUCAGUACAUUGAGGACUUACUUGGCAUGGAUCCUGGAAUGCCCUCUCAUAACCAGUGAGGGUCGUAGUUGCGCGCUUCAAUGCAAAAUAGAAACCUAUAUUCGUCCUGCUAUCUGGUAAUAAAUAAACAAAUAAAUUUUUAUUAAAGACCCGUCGGGGUCCUAUCAGAGCAAGUAAAAAUUAAUUUACAUACGAAUUUUAGACGAGGUAGGCAGAAUCUGUACAAAAUGCAAUUCAUAGUUUCUGAAUUUGUAGUCCGUUAAGCAAAAUGAUGAGCGAGCGGUGAAAAAAACUCCUCUUAAAAGUUUAAAAAUGAUUGGAUUACUUUUACAAGAGAAAAAUCCUCGCUAAUAAUAGCACAAAAAUGCGGGUAGGCCUGGCCUGCAUGUGGCGGUAUAUAACGGAUUAAAAUCGGACAUCGUCGGGGCAGAAAUGUCAGCCUUGAGGGUUAAGUAUGCGGGUCAGACAGGACUGGCCUGCAUGUGGUAUUGUAUACGGGAUUCAGAACUGAUAUCGUCAGGGCAGAAUUGAUACGCCGGAUGAGACUAUUCGCGUCAAAGGGGCCAGACGAGAGGAACCCAGACGCGAUCGGCCACAGUCCGCUUCGAGCCCAGCCGAGGAGUAGGGAAGGGAGGUACGACCAAACUACUAGUAGACGGCGAAUACUGAGGGUUCCGCCGUGAGCGUCCACAGACCGCAUGAGGUCGAAAUGCGGGUGAUGACAUCAAGAACCACGAGAAUCGUCGCUAUGGGGGAGGAGUGAUAACAGUGGAUUUAGAAACCAAUUCAAAACAGGGUUUCUACUGAUAUAAUUGAGGGUUUCCACUUGAUCUACCAUUAAAUCCCGGGAUGACCCUUCUCGAAGUCAAGAAACUGAGUGUUCGAGAAUGAGACCGUUAUCUUGUUCGGCGUCACUCAAAUGUUGUUAAGUACAGAAGAAGAAGAAGAAGAAGAAGAAGAAGAAGACGCAAUCACUGGAACAAGAAGUUUAUUGGCCUGACGUUUCGGCUUCUCACUCGAACCCAUCACCAGAGACAGUUACAGAUAAGAAUAGUGGUGGCACAAAGACUGCAGUAUUUAUAGUACGUAGCUGCCGUGGGACCAUAUGUGUACUAUAAUUAACAGCUCUCGCGAUCACCGCUGGGGAUCAUAAUUGAGGCGAUGAUGGCUCGUCAGUCGGCGUCCGAAUAGUUAAUUGCCGCAGUUUCAUCAUCCGUGUUGGAUGUUGGCGUGAUGAUUACUCGGUCAUUUGGCUCGCUGUCACUGGAAUUGUUGCUCGCCCGUGCCCUCCCCACGCGACUGAUUUUCCUGCUCAGGGAAUGUCUCAGCACCGAAUAUGGUAACGGGAGGUCAUCGCGCUUGUUGGUGGACUGCGAGCCUGAUAACCAUGACUCGAGCAGCUCGGGGCUCACGCGGUUGUCACCUCUUCCGAGGAUGGAAUCCUCACAGGGAUCGCAUCUUCUUCUGAACUGCCUUCUGUAACUCGCCUGUUCGCUUGUAUGUUUCGAAGUACAUUCGAUUGCACCCAGCGGGCCGUGACCGCUCGUCCCUUGGUGUCGGAGCACAAAUCCCAGUAUGCAGUUGACAGGCUGACAACUGUUACAGUAUGCGAGCGAUAAUUGCGUGAGCCGUUUUAAACAUGGUCGCAGAAUUAAUCGUCGCAGUGCCCCACCCCGUUUCUCACUGAAUUUUAGGCCUCCGACUUGGAGUCACAAGGAGAAUCAGUUUGCCCAUACUUUGUCCUGCGAGCGGACUUGAUCCACAGAAAUAACUCUCAUACGACAGAACAGUAGCACUUUGACUUAUAAAUAAAAAAUGACUCUUGCGUUCAUCCUUCUACUAAACUCGCGUUCAUCGCAUGCACUUUGUCCAUCUUUUGUUCUUUUUAGAGCGAGGCAGUUUAACUUCGGCGAAGGCCUACCAGAACGGUCGCUCAAACCCACCAUACUAG